UAUUAUGACGUGCUUAAAAACACGGCUGAGUCGAGAAGGAAGUUGAUUGAGCUAUGCAAGGAAAAAAAAAACUUUACUGAGCUAUGUGGACAAAGUCAGCAUUGGUUAUGUAAUAACGCAUACCCAAGUCACAAAUAUGGUUACAACCGUCGUAAAAAAAAAAAAAAAAAAAGUGCGCGACACUGGUGUGAUUCACAGAGGGUGACUGGCUGCUGAGCAACGCGUCGGAGGAUCGUAUCUUAAAACAAUCUGCAUACCGGUAGUGCAUACCGUUAUCACUGCAGCCCAAGGUACCGUUUAUAUAGCUAUUGGUUAUCACGACAUUCUGUAUUUUAGAAUGUGCUCGGUAAUAAGCAGGGUUAAACCUGUUCAACGGCUUGUAGCUCAAACGCUGCGUCUCUGCGCGAGCACAGAGGGCUCGAGUUACGUAGUAGCCCAAAGGAGGCGCUUCUGUCCGGGCGUUAGUUAUGUUGUUGUACCGCUUCGAGUUGACAGGAGGUCGUAUUGCUCCAGGAUGGCGAUGACCCGCGGACUUCUCUUCAGACAACUGUUUGAGGCGGAGAGUUGCACCUACACCUACUUGCUUGCAGACACGGACACCAAGGAGGCUGUCAUCAUCGAUCCUGUGCUGGAGACCAUUGACAGAGACCUGAAACUUGUAGAGCAACUGGGGCUCAACCUAAAAGUGGCAGUAAACACGCAUUGCCAUGCAGACCACAUAACAAGCACUGGACUAAUGAAGAAAAGGGUGGUUGGACUGAAGAGUGCAAUCUCCAAGUUCAGUGGUGCCUCUGCUGACAUCCACUUGUCAGAGGGGGACAAGAUCACUUUUGGGAGACACUCUUUGGUUGUGAGAGAAACACCUGGACACACUGAUGGCUGUACAACACUGGUGUCGGGAGAUCAGAGCAUGGCUUUCACUGGGGAUGCUCUGCUUAUCAGAGGCUGUGGCAGGACAGAUUUCCAGCAGGGUUGUUCUACAAAGCUCUAUGAGUCAGUUCAUAAGAAGAUCUUCACGCUGCCUGAUGAGUGCCUUAUCUACCCAGCACAUGACUAUUUAGGUCAGACGGUUUCUACGGUCGGCGAGGAGCGCAAGUUUAACCCCCGCUUGACAAAGAGCAUGGAGGAGUUUGUGAAGAUCAUGAGCAACCUUAAUCUCCGCAAGCCGGCAAAAAUAGAUAUUGCAGUGCCGGCUAACCUGGUUUGUGGAUUACAUGAGGUUUGAGUGCCCUGCCAAAGAGAGCAUUCUAAAAAACAAAGCAAAAUGAAAAAGCACUGACAUGAUGACAAAGUCAUUAAUUUUAAUAUAUCUGUUUUGGCAUCAAGCACCACAACUGCUUACCAUUAAGUGCUUUAAUGUGUUUUUGUAUGUGUUUAAAAGUGCCUAUUUGAAUAGUUGUUAUCUUCUGGUGGGCAUUCUGAUUAUUCUUCAACUAAAAAUGCAAUAAUGCUAAACUUAAAUGUAAACAAAGAGUUGUAAUUAUAGUAUAGUAUGUAAGGAAAUACACUAAAGAUUUUUCUUCUUGUAUUGUGCUUCAGUUAAAUGCGAAUAUUCUUUAUCCUGUUCAGUUGGGUUAUUGUGAGCUGUAGAAUUGAGGAGGAAGUUAAUGACGGGAAGCUAAAAUAGGAAAUUUCCAUUCAAGGUUUAGUUUAGUAUUCAUGAAUGCUUUACUGGGACAGCUGACUUCUUCCACAUGGCCUUUUCAUUGAUUCCGGUCUCCCCCAAGCCAAGAACACACACACACACACACACACAGAGUCUCCUCUCAGACUGCUACCACUGCCUUUUUGCAUAGCAGGAAAAUAAAUCUACAUAAUUUGCAUUCAAAAUAAACAUAGGUGUAGUUCUGUUGCAGCUUUUGAAAACAUGUAAUUGAUAUGCAUCCUUUUGUUCAUGCAAUAGGCAAGAGAAUCUAUUAAAAUGUGUUUUAUGUUAGGUAUAGAAAAGGAGGCUCAAAAAAGAAAUCAGCUUCCACAUUUCAAAAUGUCCUGAAUUUACUGCUCUUAUCCUGUUUUUAUCCGCUCAUCGGCCAGUAAAACUGGUUCGUUUGGGAGUGGAGUCUUCUGACUCAGCCGCAGAAACCUGCACAUGUGAUUAUAAACUGUUUUGGGGGCCAGUAUGAGAAUAAAACUGUAAAACAAA